CCCGUCUUUCACUCGGAAGCCAGCACGUGAAACGGCGUCGUACGAAGUGUGGAAAACGCAGUUAAAAUUGGAGUGAGCGAGAAAUGGCAGCGAAACCUACACGAGUUUGUUGCCGGGGAGGGAGCACCGGAUUUGGGAAGAGAGUGUGAGAGAUAGAGAACCCGAAGCUCAAUCGCCACCUUCCCUCCGUCUAGGGUUUUCGAUUCCUCCCACGGGGAUCUAUGGCGACGGCGAACUCGAAUCGGCAGCAGAAGCAGAGACAGCCGGCGGCGGCGGUGGUGAAGCGGAAGCCGGUGUUCGUGAAAGUCGACCACCUGAAGCCAGGGACUAAAAACCACAACCUGAUCGUCAAGGUCUUGUCCUUCGACACCGUCCUCGAGAAGGGUCCCCGGCCAGCGGCGGUAGCAGCGUCUCAGCGCCUCCGCAACACUCGCAUCGCCGAGUGCCUCGUCGGCGACGAGACGGGAACUAUCCUCCUCACAGCUCGCAAUGAGCAAGUUGACUUGGUGAAGCCUGGUACCACGAUCAUAAUCCGGAACGCAAAGAUCGACAUGUUCAAGGGAUCCAUGAGGCUGGCUGUAGACAUAUGGGGUCGCAUCCAAGUCACGGAACCUGCUAACUUCGCGGUAAAAGAGGACAACAACCUGUCGCUCGUGGAGUACGAACUCGUGACUGUUGCUGCAGAUGAGUAGAGCGGAUUGUUUUCACGGUGGUGGCGAUGUUCAUCUUAGGGUGGGGUUAUAUCAAAUCUCUAGUGGCAGGAUCAAUAGUUUUUUUGGGUUCUCUCUUUCAUUUGUUGUCCUGAGGUGGUAAAUGCUAUUGGGAGUGUAUCGAUCUUGUUUCGGAGCAUGGUUUUGGUAUUCUGGACCUCCCUAAUGCUGGUUUCAGCAUCUGGUAAAUUUAACUAGCUGAGCUUAAGCCUCUUUGGUGUUAAAGCUGUUGAUAGUAAGAAUGCUCUGUGUUCAGUUGAUCGCCUAAGUGACUAUGUCCUCCAGUUUUGAAACAUGAACAACAAACGGGUCGUGUCAUU